AUGACGAAACAAGCCAAAUCAAGCAAGGUUUCGAAGAGAUCCAAGCAGAGCAACCCGUGGAGUGAUUGGAUAUGGUCGGAAGACCAUGGUCGAUACUAUUGCUACCGGACCCGUAGCAACGGAGGUAAGUUCGCCUGCUUCGCUCAGUCCUUUACCAGCAGCAAAGCUGAUAUUGAGCAAGAAAUCGAAUAUGAGUGGGACGAAGGAGAACCCACCGAAGAGCGUGCAGUCGAGCAGGCUGUUGAGAAAGAUAGUCCCGGUGACCGCACACCUAUCCCGGCGCGGAGCGGUCCUAUCGUGAGAUCGGAGAUUACUUACACGGACAACGAGGGCAACGUCAUCAAGAUUGUUCACACAUAUCCUCCGGACGAGGCUGUGAAGGAUGAGGUCCCUGUUGACGGCGAUGAUUGGGCUAUUGUGCCGGCCAAGGCUGGCAACCCUGGCGUCGAGGACGAUUUUGCGGAUUUAUUCUAG